AUGGAAGGAAGAACUAAAUUGCAAAGCCAAAUGUUAUAUUAGAAGAUAUAGGAACUGGAAGUACUGAUAUAAUAAAUCGGAGUUAGGAAAGAUGUUGCAAGAAUCCAAGCAAAGGCCCACAAAGACAUCCUAUAAACUUUAGAGCAUUAUAUAAAAAAAAUAUCUUCUACCUUACGAGAUAUUUUAUCUAAAAUAAAUACAGAAAACAUAGGCCAAGAGUUUUAAGUUUACUAAGAGUUGGAAAAGACUAUUCACCCUUAGAGAAAAACAUAACAAAAAUUGAGUUAGAUAAUAAAUAAUAUUAGUAAUUAAUAAAUAAAUGAAUAAGGAAGAUCAUCUAGAACUGAUGAAAAAAGAAAGGAGUUAUUAUGA